AUGCGUUUCUCCAUUGUCUUCACUGCCCUCUCGGCUGCUGCCCUGGCCAGCGCCCAGACUAUGUCCAUCCUGCCCGUCGAGAACCCCUCCACUGAGUACCUGACCCAGACAAACUCUCUCGGCGUUGUGACUGGCCAACCUGUACCUGUCACCUCUCAGCCCACUGCCGUGACCUCGCAGCAGCCCGCCGCCUCUAUCCCCGCCGGUCUGAGCUCACCUGUCGCCGGCCCAGGCGCCAGCACUUUGACCACUUCCGCCAGUGGCUCUGCCAGCGGCUCUGCUACCGGCACCAAGACCACCGGCACCAAGACCUCAGGCACUAAGCCCACUGGUUCCUCCACCACUACCUCGUCUGACUCCGAGUCCUCUUCCAGCGCCUCUGCCAGCGCCUCUGCCAGUGCUUCCAGCUCUACCUCCGCUGGUGGUGCUGCCAUGGCCACUGCUGGACCCGUCGGUCUCGGCAUGGUUGCCGGUGCUGCUCUCGCUGCUUUCCUGUAA